AUGCGCUGGGCAACGCCGCUGCAGUGCUGCUUCUUUCGGGGGGGGCAUCGACUGGUUCAGCCACUGGUUCCUUCUUCGGGAGGGUGGGGCUCCAGAGGAAGGAGCUGGAUGAGGCAUUCAGCGCAGUCGGCACCAGCAUGGGCACCUGCUUGGAAAGCAAAAGUUGAAGAGCUUUCCAUGCGGGGGAUGACCUUGAACAGCUUCUUGGAUUUCUAUCAGGAGGAUUUGUCAUCCAUGUCAGGCUGGAGAUAUGUACCCCAGAUGCACAAAACCAGGGAUGUCGUGCGGCGCGCUAUCAUCCCUCUGACCCGUGCCGAAGAGACGGCCUACUCAGUCAGCACCUUGAACCGUGCAGGCGCCAGGCGAGCAGAGGUGAUGGUCACACACAACUGGGGAAAUAACUUCAACGACCUCUUAGCUGCUGUGAUUUCGGACAACCUGCAGGAAUGCAGCUUUAGGAUGGCUGGACAGCUGCUCCGUGAGGAUAGCCAUUUACUGCGUGAGAUUUUGACGAAGACUGGGCGUUUGAAUGUGAGCUAUUGGAUUUGUGCUUUUGCCGUGAACCAGCACAUGAGCAUUUGCCACAGCAACCCGUAUGAUCGAGAUCCCUUGACCAACGAGCUGCAUCCUGUGUGUCGAUGUUCUUGUGUUAAUCUUGUGGAUUCCGAUGGCCGCAGCACUGACUCUGAGAUCAAUAAGUUUGAUGAUAUGAUGUAUCACCUGGCAAGUACUGGAAGCUGCAGGCAAGUGAUCGCAGUCGACCAAUCGUUUGAUCUCUUUCAACGCGCUUGGUGUGUGGCGGAGAUUGCUGAAGCCAAGCGAUUGCACAUGCGACAGUCCUUGAAGUUGUUGUCCAAGGCCGCCAUUGAGCAGCGUGCGCAGAGCUUGGGGAGGCUGGAUAUCCGGAACAUGGGAGCAUCCUCCGAGAAGGACAAGGAGCUCAUUCUUGGGAAGAUUGGGAGCAUUGACCACUUCAAUGCUGAGCUCCAGUCAUUGAUUUUUGAUCCCAAGUCAGGACUCUUCGCAUCCUGGAGUGCCAUGGACAGUGUGCAGCAAAUGAGCGAAGUGGGUCGCCUCAUUCGAUGGGGUAUGGCAGACGGAAAUGCUAUUCAGCUGCCUUGCCCACAAGUGGCGAGAGCACAGGCAGCCUACGGAUUUCUGGGCAAAGCCCAGCGCCAGGAGUUGGUGGAGAAGGCCCUUCAGGAGUCCAACGUGAAGGACUAUCGUUCAGCCCUGGAAGAUGUCUACUUGGAGCGCGAUCGCGCCCGCGCGCGGCUGAAGUCGCGGGGCGAGAAGGAUCCUGGGCCCAUCUUCAUGACUCCCGGCUGUCAGAAGACUCUACGGCGUUUGGAGGCUGAGGGCCACAACCUUUUGACCCGUGCGCGGCGUCAAUCCAAGGAGAAGCUCACCUGGGUCAUCGGCUUGGCAUCGUUGGGUCCGGGCGACGGCACCGCAGCCUCUGAAGUGCCUCCGGGCGCGGCCAGAUAUUGGGACACCAUGGAGUGGAGCAAGGAGUUCACGCGCUCUGCACGACCUUGGGAUUUGGCCUCGCCCAUACUAGAUCCAUUGCUGGAAACCCUGGAAGACGCACGGAUUUGCGGCGCCGACACCUCCUUGCGGCGCAGGGCUGAAGCCUUGCUGUUCAUGACGGUGAUCCGCGGGAUCGAGGCGGCAUUGGCCAGCUCAGUGGACCGAGGACUCAUCGUGCGGCAAGCCUUGGACAUCGCCGACGCCGCGCUCCACGUGGCGGAGCUCGAGGAUCCCGGGGAGGUCAUGAAGCGCUAUUGGAAGGCAGAAGAAGAGGUGUUUCGUUCUAAGUUGCGAAGCAUCGAGAAGAGCUGCCCAGACUUCCACACCGCCGUGCGCGAUGGCGACGUGGAUUUGGUGACCUGGCUCUUGGACACCGAACAGGCCAAUCCUUUGGAGAUCGACCCUGAGAAGGGCAUCCCUCCCUUGGUUCAGGCUGCCAAGGCCGGUGAUCUGGCCAUGUGCGAGCUGCUGCUGGACCAGGGCGCAGACAUCGAUGCGCGGUGCAGCACUGAUGGGACCUCUUCUCUCCAUUGGGCCUGUCAUUCUCGGACCUUCCGAGUAGUGAAGCUCCUACUGGCACGACGCGCCAAUCCACGUUUGCAAGACAAGCGCGGCCACGACGCCUUGGUCAAGCUGGUCCGACGCGACGUGUCGACGCCGGCAGAGACCUGCGCCUUGUCCUGGCACCUGCAACGGUCGCAUCGCCUGGCCGGACCUGAAGAGACGGCGGGAAAGAUGAGCAUUGAGGAUGCCAAGAUUUGUGCGGAGAACUUGCCCGAGACCGUGGGCUUCUCAGCACAUGGGGUGCUCGAGGAGGUGACUCUGGGGUCAUUCUACAUCAGUUUCCAUGGCCCUGGCCGUGCAUUCGUCGAGGAUAUCCCACCACCGGUGAAGAAAAAGAAGAAAAAGAAGGGCGAGGCCGUGGCUCCAAAGGCCGUACCUGCCGAAGCGGUAGAGGCAGCGGUCGAGGUCCCUGCCGAGGAGGUGCCGGAGACGGCGCCGGUAGAGGCGGCACCAGAGGCACCGGUGGAGGCCGGCGCCGCGGAGGAGGCAGUCCAGGACGCAUUUCCUGAGGAGAUACCUGAAGUGUUGGAGGGGGAAGCAGAAGUAGAUCAGACCGUGGAGGAGGUGGAAUCAGAGGAGGAAAGCGAUGAUGAGCCGGAGGAGUUGAUUUGGUCACACGCUGAUCCUGAGUGGACCUCGUUCCUCAAGGUCAAGAACAACGCCGCACACGACGUGAUUGCACUGCUCUCUGCCGCAGCGGAUCCUUGUGCAGAGGAUCUGGAUGGAUUGACCGCGCUGCACCACCAUCUCCUGUCAUCACCUUCACGUGGAAGCUUGGAUUGUGUGCAAGCGCUGCUACGAGGUGGUGCCGAUGUGAAUCAUCGGGACACGCACCGAUCCACCACUCCUUUCCUCCUGGCGGUGCAGAGCAAACGCACCGACCUGGUGAAAGCCAUGCUUGCGCACGCCUGGCCACCGGUCGAUGUGGACUCGCAGGCACCAGAUGGCGUGUGUGCCUUGGCACUGGCACAGAGCUUGGGUGCCAGGGAGAUUGCGGAUCUCCUCCGCAAAGCUGGUGCAUCGGACUGGGCUGGGGCUGAGCUUCACUUGGGGAGCAGGACCAUCUUCACCUAUGAUACUCGCAAGCCUCCAGUCAACAACUGA